AUGGGCAACAUUUUUAACGCGGACGAAACGGGAACUUUCUAUAAGAUGCUGCCUGACAAAACACAUAAGAUCAAAGGUGAAACAUGCAGUGGUGGAAAAAUGUCUAAAGAAAGAAUAACGGCCAUGAUUUGUGCUAAUGCAUCGGGCACGGUAAAACAGAAAUUAUUGGUUAUUGGAAAAUAUAACAAUCCCAGAUGCUUUAAAAACGUUAAAACGUUGCCGGUAGAUUAUUGUGCUAACAACAAAUCCUGGAUGACUUCUCAGACCUUUACUGACUAUUUAAAGAAAUGGGAUUGUGAACUAAUAAAAGCCAAUAGUAAAAUUUUGCUAUUAGUAGAUAAUUGCCCUGCUCAUCCACAAGUUCAUCUUCAUAACAUUAAACUACAUUUUCUUCCGCCUAAUACUACAUCGGCUCUUCAGCCUAUGGAUCAAGGCGUCAUUAAUAGCUUGAAACAAUCUUAUAGAAAACAGCUUCUGAUGAAAACUAUGGACUUUCCUGAAGAAGCAAAUCCGACAAAAGCUGUGAGUCUUUUAGAUCCUGUCAAUAUGUUAAGUGUUGCAUGGGAAAGUGUCUCUAAGGAAACCAUAAGAAAAUGUUUUCGUCAUGCUGGUCUGGUAAAAGACAAUCCUGAUGGAUUAGAUUUCGACCCGGAGGACGAUGAACCUUUAAGCAAAACGUAG